AUGAAACCAUCAUGGAUCAAGCAGUUGACUGUUCCGCUGAUAUCUGCGCCCAUGUUCUUGGUCUCUAGUCCCAAAACUGUGCUUCCUGCUUGCCGUGCUGGAAUUGUGGGGAGUUUUCCUGCUUUAAAUGCUAGAUCGGAUGAAACUCUUGAUACCUGGAUUCAGGAAAUACAGGCUGGACUGGAAGAAUCCAAUCACAACUUCAACGCAGGAAGGACGAAAAUACGACCUGCUCCAUAUGCAGUUAACCUAAUUGUUCAUAAAACGAAUCCACGACUGGCUAAAAACUUGGAAGUUGUGGUCAAAAACAAGGUUCCUGUCGUUAUUACUUCUCUCGGGGCUGCCAAGGAUGUCAUUGAAGCCGUGCAUUCCUACGGAGGAGUCGUGUUUCAUGACGUGAUUAACAGCAUUCACGCUGAAAAGGCUGCAAAAGCUGGUGUUGAUGGGCUGAUUGCUGUUUGCGCUGGUGCUGGAGGUCAUGCUGGUGCUAUCAGUCCCUUUGCGCUCAUACCACAGUUGAGAACAUUCUUCAAGGGCACAAUUCUCUUGGCCGGAUCAGUCUCAGACGGUGCAGGUAUUAGAGCAGCUCAAACAUUAGGAGCUGAUAUGGCUUACAUGGGUACAAGGUUCAUCGCAACACAAGAAUCCGGCGCAGCCGAAGACUACAAGCAAAUGUUGUUGCGAGCCAAGACUGGUCCAGCCCCAACCUUCUUGCCUAUCGUGUACACGGACAAAGUAACUGGUGUCAAUGCCAACUUUUUGCGAGAGAGUCUGCAGAAAUCGGGUUUCUUUGACAAGAAAGAUAUGGCUAAGGUUGAGGAAGACUUCUCCAGUUUGGACUCCCAUGAAGGAAAGGCGUGGAAGGAUAUAUGGUCUGCUGGGCAUGGUGUUUUGAAUAUCAAGGACAUUCCCACAACAGCUGAACUUGUGGCAAGACUCAAAGUAGAGUACGAUGAAGCAGUUAGACGAGAACGGGAGGACUAG